AUGAGAUUGAAUAUCCUAUGGAUCAGUAUGACUUUUGCCUUGCAAGCCAUGGCUGCACUCUCCCAGUCGGGACUGCAAAAGCGCUACCCAACAGGAUCCUUCUCCAUUCUUGCCUACGGUGUCGCCUCUGAGGGAAUGAAUGUUUUUUAUUCCGAUGGACUCGCAUAUGUCGGGGACUCUUCCCAGUGGGUGUCUGGAUCGGUGACAACCGACGUUACAUUCGUCUUCCAAAACUCCCGAAUCAUCGCCACGGCCACUAACAAGGAUUACACCUUUGACGCCGACACGUUCCUCUACAUCCGUCCCACACCCAAUCAGGUGCUGCCUGUGGGUUUCACUGGGAACGAUGUCGAUACACCGGACGAUGCGAAGGCAGAUCAAUUUCUUUUCUACGGCAGGUAUCUCAUGUGGCAAAAUGAGAAUGGACUCCUGUGCGAUUCGUUUCGUCUGAAGGAGACAGAUGUCGGUGAUGUUUAUCAGCUCUACUGGGACACUUCUAAUCUUUAUCCCCCCGGCUUCUUGACGCCGACUGUGAGGUCGUCUGUUUAG